AGGAAAGGGUCCUCGUCCAAUUGUUCCUCAACGAAAAUUGUUUGACGCUGCCAGGAACAGCAAAAAGCAACUGAACUCGCUACUGCGCCGUUGGCUGACGGCAGCAUGUUCAUUGAGCGGUGUCGCACACACACACACACACACACAACAACAAGAGAGAAGAAAAAAAACACACGGAAACGGCACCCAAGUGGCAAGCUGGUGGCGAUUUGUUUCGGGCUUAGCCAGGACGGGGAAUUUCUUGGGAUUGAUAGUCCGUACAGGAUGGCGGCUUGGGAUCCUCAUGGUGAUCGGCACUUCCCAUCGACCAAUGGGGCAGCCCCGAUACAAUGCUCCCUCGGACAGGGGGCCGCAAAGCCUGGUUUUUCUUUUUUGCGAUUGUUUCGAGUCCACUCAGGCCGCCCAACCAGCCCAAGACCUCCCACUUUCCGGCCGUGAAAUACUGGAAUGGGCGGGGAUCGAUGAUGGGCUCUCUCUGCCGCAUGGAACGGACUCUUGGAAAACUCGUGCAUGGCGCCAAAGUCCUGACCGUCGCGACUCCACCGACCUCAUCAUGACGCCCCAGGCGGUCCAGGCGCUGCCAGGCGCACAAGUCGAGCAAACUUUGGAAGCGCCCCGAAGCCAGAAGUGCCCGGGAAUGCGCAACGGGACUGCGCUGAUGAAACAGAUGAUGUGCUGGGAUGACAGCCCCGGCCCUCGUCCAGAUUCCUGUCCACGAGGGGACCCGCUGUCGCACCGCCAGACCGCCACGACGGCUCCCUGUCAGCCCACGAAGGCUCUAGGCGCUUUGACCAUGGCCCAUUUCCGCCCCUGCUCUGCUCAGCGACCAGAUGACAUCUCGCACCACGGCCCAUGACGUACGCCAUCACAAAGCUACGAGCCACCAUCCCCACACGCCCAGCGCCCAGAGGGGCGAUGGCCUGGUCGGGCGGUGGAGCGCGAGCGCCGGGGUGGGAGAACUGGUGGGUCAGCCGUGGCGCUGCCUUUUUCGAC